AUGCACUAAGAAUUAAACUGUCCUCGUUGUGAGAUUUCAUUUGACAUCUAUGAUCGUACACCAUAAAUGCUACCCAAAUGUGGCCAUUCCAUGUGCAUGCAAUGUCUUCGUGAACAAACCAAAAUAAUCUGUCCCGAAGAUGGGUAAAGCAGUAGCUCUAAUUUCUAAGAAUUGUCUAGCCACAAGAUCUGAGUCUCUACCCAGUCAACCAAGCCAUUUUGAAAAUAAUAAACAAGUCUAGUCUCAAGAACUCCUAAAUCGAUUCUACUGAGUUGGGUGAAACUGUGAGACUCUCAAAAUGCGAGAAUUUCUUCGAAGUCAUGGAAUCCACCUCUCUCUGCAAAGAACACAACAAGAAGAUCGAAUUAGUCUGUUUGGAGGAUCACAAUACAAUCUGUGUAAGUUGUGCUCUAUUUGGUGUACAUAAACAUCACAAUGUUAGAAAUAUCGAUGUAUCGAAAUCUAGUCUAUUUUAUAAUAUAGGAAGUCGUCUCAGAAAUCCAGCAUUCCCUUGAAGAAACCGUAGAUCUCAUGUAGCAAAUUCAAUCCAAAAUUAAAUCCCUCAAAUAACCAAUUAUCAACAAAAAGAUACGCGACUAAAUCAGACUUUGCAUCAAGUAACAACAAGCCCUGGCUGAAGAAUAAUUCAAAGUACACUUAUAUCUUUAUCGAUUUAAGGAAAUGAUUACUCAAUUAAUGAUGAAAUAGCGAAAAGUAGUCGAAGAGAUUGAGUAAAAAUACAAAUAAGUUGAAGAUCAAUUAAUCAAACGAGAACAACAAUAUGUCAAUCAAGUAGUCGAAAAAGCAGAUUUGUGGAUGUUGGCGUAAUUCUUAAUCAUAACUAUUUUUUUAGCUCUCAAGAACGAAUCAACUAAUUCGCCUCUUUAACUGAAAAAGGAGAAAUCGCCUUUUUCCUCCUUUAAAAAGACACUUCAAAUUCUCAAGCUAAACAAAUUAUUGAUGAAUUAGAAGAUUUCAUGAAGAAAUUUCAAACCAGACUACAAGAAGUCACUCAAGGUUAAAUUACUCCUCAAGUGCAUUUAAGUAAGGAUUUAAUGGGGAAUUUUGAAUACAAUUAUCCCCAAGUUUAAUAGUCAUUUUUUGACGAUCCAAAUAUCUUGAGAGAUGUAUCAAUGAUUGAUCAAAGCUUUUUAAAGGACAUUGAUGACAAACCUCCUCAUAAUGAAUUUUUGACACAUAAUUUCUUAAAUCCACAACCUUUAUAUCAAUCUCAAUCUGCUCUCCAAUCAUAACCUUCAUCCAACAACAUUUCAUAAAAUGCCAUAAGUCCUAAUUAUGAGAAGAAAUCAUCAGAUAUUUUAGUAUCUCCAAAACUGAGAAGGCAAUCUUCAAUGUCUCCAAAAAGACCCACCAAAAAGAAAUUUAAUACCAAAGUGGAAUCCAUUCUAUUAAAUUGCAAUGGAGAUACUCUGGAUCUCUCUUAAUAAGGUACUGUAAGUCUUCUAUUAAAUGUCUAGAUUUGGGAGAUGAUGGAAUGAUUCUUUUGGAGGAAUCCAUUAAAAAUAAGAAGUUAAAGAUUCUGAAGUUAAUGCGAAAUAAAAUCAGCGAUACUGGUGCAACCAAAUUAUUGGAAUUACAUUGUCAAAUAUUGCAUCUACAAUCUAAUGUGAUUACGGAAAGAUUUCUAGAUACAAUUUAGUAAUUAAUAUAAAAACAGACCUAAAUUCAUAUUAAAACCAUCUAUUUAGGCUAAAAUCUAAUGAAUUUAUUUAGAGUAAAGAAAAAAAUAGAGGAUUUAAAGAAGUUAGGCAUAACUAUUUAAAUAUGA